GCAUUGCAUUGGCGUGGCGUUCAUGGAAGCGGCUCUUUCAUACUUCGACAUGCUGGUCUCGAAGCAUCAUCCGGCGUUCAAGCGAGCCAUCUCUAUGGCGAUUUCAUUCCUGGCGAGGCGUUGGCGGCGACCAACAUAUGCGGGGCUUUUCUCAUCGAAUGCAGCCUGUCCGUUUUUUCUUCUACUCAUGUCCUUUGGUACGAAUCAUACACCCCGACUCCACCGACUGCACUGUACUACACAGCGAUACCCAGUAUCGUAUACUUUCUGGCCUGAUCUCGACAUCAAGGCUAUCACUCAGCAACGAUCACCAUGAUUGAUCCCUUUUACCACAACAUCCCCCGGACAUCCGUCACUCACAGGAACCGGAAUACGCACUGACAUCUGUCUCCCCACGAUGAGGCAUUGACAUCACCAUUUCACCGCCAUUCAUCAGAGCUUGAUGUGAUCACUACACCACUACUAGCCUGACUUGUAUUACUGCCAACGAUCGCAACAGCUGCUUCUUGUACAGGAUAGCUUGGAGGAAGAAUACACGCUUUCAAUCCAAACUUUACCAGGAUGUACAAUGUACAUACUAGGUGGAAACCGGCUUGUGCGCAAUUGGGACAGCGGAAUAACAGUACUCACAUUUGGAAGACUGCUUGUGGGCGGGGAACCAGCAAACAUGCAGGAGUUUUCAAAAAGUUGGAGAAUGCAAUUCGAUCUUGAGCGAAAUGGUAGCGAAACACUUCCAAACAACUCUCAUCCUCCUCUCUCUUCUUUCUCCCCUUGCUUCACUUCAGUAUGCUGUCGUCCUGCCCCCACCUUCAUCACUAUAGUGGAGGCCCCCCGCUACACUCAUCUAUCCGAAUUCAAAGAUUGCACAGCAGGAAGAGGCAAGGGAGCACAACAUGCAAGCAACCAAAGUGGAUCCCAUCUCCACAACAUGUCCAUGCCAUGUUGCACGAUGCAUAUGCAGGCGAAAAUUUUGAUUGACGAUAACCCGGUUUCACCUGGCUUGAAUGCGUACCGUGGAAGUGGGAUUUUUCUGACGUGUCACAACAACAACAACAACAACAACGCCACCCACUUACGCCACAGAGCUGUGCUCCAUGACAACGGGAUGUUAUUUUCCGAAGAUGGAUGGGAUGGGAUGCAACGUACAGUACUUACAAUCGGUCGGGACGGCAUAUGGAUGGAUGGAUGGAUGGAUGGUGGAUUGGUGAGUGAUGAAGAACAGACAUUUUUGGGUUCCGUCAAUGUGAUGCUCAUUCACUCACUCACUCUGCUUGGAUACUCCGCAAAGCGGAUUCAGUUGGGGCUGGAAUUGGAGGCUCUUGAUGGAUGCUCCUCUGAUUCAAGCUGCGAUGUCCAACAGCUCUUCCAAGCCAUGGCAUAUAACACAUCUUCCAUGCUGAAGGCAAGUGAAGCUGAUGUGGCUGCCGGAAAGGCAAGCUAG